CCUCAUCAUUCAAUCCCUAAAUAGGUUUAAGCGCUGUCUCGAGCGGAUCAGUUGGGAGACGAGAGAAAGUGGAAAAGAGAAACAUAAUUUGACAGCCAUGCCGCUAAAACGAGAAGACACAGAGAAGGCUCUACAGGCCAUGGAGGCCUGCCAGUCUGCAGCAGAUGAGGGGUUCAGGGUUCGAGCCGAGAAGUUGCUACACAUCUUUCAAAGUGACCUGUUCCAGGCCCUCCUGGACAUUCAGGAGUUCUAUGAGCUGACAGUGGUUGAAAACCAGGGAACAGAUAUGGCACAGACUCCAGUACAGAAAUACAGGUACCAAGAUGAGGAGACGCCCCCCAUGGAGCACAGCCCAGCCCACCUGGCCCCGGGGAAGAGCGGAGAACUGAUGCACCUGAGCGACAAGAGUCUGACCCCCAUGGACGGCAUGCACGGAUACAUGCCCCACACGCACCUGUCCCCCAUCAAGCCAGUGCUGAUGUCGGCUGGCCACACCCCUAUCUACACCUCUGCUGCCUCCACUCUGGCCAACUCCCCUCCUGUGGUUGUUAACACUGAAACACUUGAUGGCUCCCCCUACGUCAAUGGUACCGAUGGAGAGGUGGAAUAUGAAGAGAUCACAUUGGAGAGGGGGAACUCAGGUCUGGGCUUCAGCAUCGCAGGAGGCACAGAUAACCCCCACGUGGGUGAUGACCCCAGCAUCUUCAUCACCAAAAUCAUCCCUGGGGGCGCGGCUGCCCAGGAUGGCAGACUCAGGGUGAACGACAGCAUCUUGUUUGUGAACGACGUUGACGUGAGGGAGGUCACGCACAGCCUGGCUGUGGAGGCGCUGAAGGAGGCUGGCGCCAUCGUGCGCCUCUACGUCCUGCGCCGAAAACCAGCGGCGGAGAAAGUCACCGAGAUCAAACUCAUCAAGGGGCCCAAAGGCCUGGGCUUCAGUAUAGCUGGAGGGGUUGGAAACCAGCACGUACCUGGAGACAACAGCAUCUACGUCACCAAGAUCAUCGAAGGAGGGGCCGCGCACAAAGAUGGCCGGCUACAAAUUGGAGACAAAAUACUGGCUGUGAACACAGUCUCCCUGGAGGACGUGAUGCAUGAGGACGCAGUGGGGGCGCUGAAGAACACAGCGGAGGUGGUGUACCUGAGAGUGGCCAAGCCCACCUCCCUGUACCCCACUGACAGCUACAACCCCCCUGACCUCACCAGCUCGUACUCUCCACACAUGGACAAUGAGAUGGGCCAUCCCAACUACCUGGCCUCGGAUUACCCACAAGCCCUCACUCCCACCUCCCCACGCAGGUACUCGCCCAUCCCCAAGGGCCUGAUGGGUGAUGAUGACAUACCCAGGGAGCCCAGGAGGGUUCUGAUCCACAGGGGCUCCACGGGGCUGGGUUUCAACAUCGUGGGGGGAGAGGACGGCGAGGGCAUCUUCAUCUCCUUCAUCCUGGCGGGCGGGCCAGCCGACCUGAGCGGGGAACUGCGCAAAGGAGACCAGAUACUGAGCGUUAAUGGGGUGGACCUCAGGCAUGCCACCCAUGAGCAGGCUGCAGCAGCACUGAAGAACGCCGGACAAACUGUCACCAUCAUCGCCCAGUACAGGCCUGAGGAGUACAGCCGUUUUGAGGCGAAGAUCCAUGAUCUACGGGAGCAGCUCAUGAAUAGCAGCAUGGGCUCUGGGACCACAUCACUGAGGAGCAACCCCAAAAGGAGCUUCUACAUCAGGUCCCUGUUUGACUAUGAUAAGACGGCAGACUGUGGCUUCCUGAGCCAGGCCGUGGGCUUCCGCUUUGGGGAGGUUCUGCACGUCCUGGACUGUGCGGAUGAGGAGUGGUGGCAGGCCCGACGGGUCAGUGCCCAGGGGGAGUGUGACGAGGUCGGAUUCAUUCCCAGCAAGAGGAGGGUCGAGCGGAAGGAGUGGUCACGAAUGAAGACAAAAGACAGGGACCGGAGCCGAGACAGCAUAGGAUCGCAAGGGAGAGAUGAUUUCAUACAGAGCUAUGAGAUGGUCACACAAGUGGAAGUGCAUUACGCGAGACCCAUCAUCAUCCUCGGCCCGACGAAGGACCGCGUGAACGACGACCUGCUGUCUGAAUUCCCCGACAAGUUUGGGUCCUGCGUUCCCCACACCACACGGCCCAAGCGGGAGUAUGAGGUGGACGGGCGGGACUACCACUUUGUGUCGUCGCGGGAGCAGAUGGAGAAGGACAUCCAGAGCCACCGCUUCAUCGAGGCUGGGCAGUACAACAGCCACCUGUACGGCACCAGCGUCCAGAGCGUCCGGGAGGUGGCAGAGCAGCAGGGGAAACACUGCAUCCUGGACGUGUCAGCCAACGCCGUGCGGAGACUGCAGGCCGCCCAGCUCCACCCCAUCGCUAUCUUCAUCCGCCCCAGAUCUCUGGAAAAUAUACUGGAGAUCAACAAGCGCCUGACUGAGGAACAGGCUCGAAAGGCCCUGGACCGCGCAGUGAAACUGGAACAGGACUUCAUUGAGUGCUUCUCAGCCAUUGUGGAAGGAGACAGCUUCGAGGAGAUCUAUCACAAGAUUAAGACAGUGAUCGAGGAGCAGUCUGGGCCCUACAUCUGGAUCCCUGCCAGGGAGAGACUGUGAGCCUGUCCCCCUAUACCGCCAUCGACUGCUUCGAACGCACUCUGGGAGAGAGAGGGACUCCUACGGCCAAGCAGCUCUGUCUACCCCCUACCCUCCACAACUAGACUCAUGAAUCAUGUCUGAGAGAGAGAGAGAGAGAGUAUGAGAGAGAAUGAGAGACAGAGAGAACGAGUGAGAGUAUGAGUAAGAGAGAAUGUGAGAGAGACAGACUGAGCCCCUUGUCCUCUUGUCUUCCCAUUUCUUUGUCAGUCUCUAUCUAUGGCCUCUCUCUGGUGAAGUCUGUGUUUGACUGCAUUCUGGGAGAGAGGAGGGUGAAGGGGUGAGCGGAAAGCAGGACUUAAGCCUCUUGGGCCGGGGGAUAAGCACAGGGAACAGUUCCCCCCCCAACGGUCACGUUCCCUCCCUCUCUUCAUCCCUCUCUCCUUCACUCUCCUCCUCCGUCUAUCCUUCUCUUUCUCCCGCUCUUCCUUGCUCUGUCUCACCAGCUGCUUCCGAUGCUACCUUAAGCCGUGUGUUCAGAGCCGUUCGGAGCGUUCCGCCUGGAAAAGAACGGACAAAUGAUUUCUGGAACGACAGAAA